CAAGUCAAUCCAAGUAGUGUUUAGGUAUUUGGUUGACUCGGAGGUUGGUUGCGCCCGUUGCAGCUGUCUGAUUCGCGAAGAAAAAAACUCUUGAUGCAUAUCGAUGUAUUGAUACAUCAUCCCUAUUCUAUGGCUCUGUUUGAUUGUGGAAAUCACUACACACUUGAUUGAAGUAGUAGGCGAUAAGGCGAACUCGCGCGUCGAUUUUCCCGUUAGCCAGAGCGGAGUGCUGACCACUACAGUGUCAAUUCGCGGGGGCCAAAUUUACUGCGCCGAAACGUCGAGGGUGACUGUCCAUCAAAAUACCAAUUGACUCCGUGGCUUAUUACAUCGUACCGUAGAAAUGUCCACAGCAGAGUUCCUGAAGGGCCUGCCCUCUUACAACGAGAACAACUUCACCCGCUUCCAGGCAGACUCAUCCUGCAGAACAACUGUGCGGAGGCCAUCAGUGUACCUUCCCACACGUGACCAUCCAUCUGAUCAGGUGAUCACAACUGAAAAGACCAACAUCUUGCUGCGAUACCUCCACCAGCAGUGGGACAAAAAGAGCAGCUCAAAGAAGCGCGAUGCCGGACGUAGCGGUCUCCCCCUGGAUGAUGAGACAGCAUCCAGAAAAAGGGCGCGCACCGAUACUUCCAACACCGACGCUGACUCGCCAUGAGAUUGCCAAGCAAUGUUGCCAAUGGUGGCCCGCCAGGACAGAGUGUGGUGUCCAAGAGAGACUGGGGGGGUUCCUGGAAUGUGUUUGCUGGCAUUAUUCGUAGCACAGUGUGGUCUUAUUAAAAGGAGGAAGAGGAGCUUGAGAAUGCCGGCACCAGUGAGCACGUGCAAAGUGUACGAUGAGUUAAGGGGGAGGGGAUUGGUUGGGCUUGGGGGAUGUGCUCUUUAUUUCUUUUUCUGUAAUUUGGAGGGGGGGGGGGGGGAGAGCCAUUUGUCAGCUUCUUUCACUCGAGCUGUGGUGUUUUGAUUUAGUUACGUGAGCAUUGCUCUCUUGUGAUGUCGACAUUUGUGAGAGCCUGUUAAUGUAGAGCCUCUCAAUUGGUGCUCCUUUGGUCACUUUGCUAAGCAGUGCCAUUAUCUGAUCUGUCACUCGAACUGGUUCCACCUCUACACGAGAGGUGCACUCACUUCCUCAACUUUUCCUAGUUCCAUCAUCUGUGGGGAAAAAAAAAAAGCAUGGACGCACUUUUGUUCUGCGCUGAAAUCUGAGAGUAAAACGAAGGAGGGAGUGCCGAGAAGAGGGGCACAUCGGCCGUAAUUAACUCGGCCAUUAGAAAAUGCCACAGAGGGGCUUUAUGUUAAAGCAUGGAGGCAUCUACCAAAGAGAGCAAAACAUGUAUAAAAAGGGCCUGGAGAUACAACCUGUUGACGCUCAAAGGUUGGGAUAGACAACAUACAUGUUGUUCGUGCCCCUCUUUUGUGUGGCAGCAUAGAUCUAAGUAGUACAUGUUUACACUCUGGGAGCUGUAAACUUUGGCUGUUUGACCAUUUUUGAGUAAUAUUCAUUGCAAUGGUGGAGUGAGUGAGCAUGAAUGUGGUAAUGUGAUUCACAAACACCUAACUACUUACAGUAAUUGAGGUGUACAGUCUUGAAGGUAAAUUCUUGUGCCCAGGUAAACGAGAUUAACCGAAGGUGACGGGACACAACUUGUUUUGCUGCGCAAAUAUUGUUUUUGGCACAUGCUGUUUCACAUAGUUCAAACGGGCUGCAUCAGACCAUAAGGUAUUAAAUGAAAGCACCACGCCUUAAGUCACAUUAAAAAUGUCUGAAUGCUCGUGCACCAUUUGGUUGAGUUAGAAUAGCUUGGCAUAAAGUGCUAAACACGUAGCAGCUGGCCUGUGAUCAGCUCUCAGUAGGGUCACUGCGCUGGAGCAGCAAAGUUGGAAAGAAGCUUACGUCUUUCUUUCUAGGCUUGAACUUUUAACUGCAGGAGGCAUUAGUAACAUUUCUUUGUAUGCAAGCAUAAAACAGAACCUACUGCUGUCUGUUGGAAGUUGCAUUUGUGGCUUCUGAAAGUGUACGAUGUACAUAGGGAAGUUCUACAUUUUCAGGUCGGCAUAUCAUGCUAGAAGGCGUCUUCAUUGAUCGUAUUCAGAAACGUUGGCAUUGCGAGUUGUUAGGUUGAGGCACAUACUUGACACGAAAACUGGGCCAUGCGUAGCUAUCGUUCAUUGUGUUUGCACGUUGUGCUUUCAGACUUUCAUUUACUUUUUUCUCUUUCUUUCAAUGACAUUGUGUAUGUUUGUGAGUCAAACUGAAAAGUGGGAAACGCAGUUGAAUUCAGGAAAAGUUGUUUGGAUGGUCAGCUUACACACCUUAAGUCUCACAUUUAAUGUCGACACUUAGGUUGCGACACUGUGCAUCUUAAGCAGCUUGUGUGCUACCCAUUUUCUAUUUAAGCAGUCUGCUUUUAGUUGCAACUCUCAGUAAAUUGCUUCUAGGCUAUCAAAUCGCAUUUAUUGAUCUGAGUGAAGGUUUAUCAGCUAUUUCCACGACAUGUGAGCACUUCAGCAUCAACGUUUUUGACGCUUUAUGUUGGAAGUAAUGUACAUUUGCAUCAUCAUUAUUGCUUUCAUAAGCAGAGGUAAUGGCAUGGUGGUUGUUAGCCUAUGCAACUGCCAUGUGCAAGUAUAAUGCAUAGCAUACCAGUUAACAUGUUAGAGUCAAAAUGAUCAUGUUGUAAGCACCAUUAGGUUCAGGCACAGAAAGAUAGCUGUGUAAUGAUUUUACCCGUCCUGGGUCUAGCUUGCUUGAAGUCUGUGUAGAUGGCUUGCUUAACAAUGCUGCAACUCGCAACAGUGAGGGUCAAUGCAAAGCAUUUGCAUAUGUUAUGCCAUGCAGAGUGAAACAGUGUAGUUGCCAUAGCAUUUUUUCUAAAUUUUUUUAUAACCUGUGUGAAAACCACACUGGACAUAAGUUACGCUGGGUGUGCAUUGUGCUACAGCGUGCAAAUUUGCCAUGUUAUGUGCUCGUUGGAGAAUCCUAGUGUCUCAACGCUGUUCACGUGCUUGCCCUUGCAUGUCCUUUCUGUGUUGUCUUAUGCUUCAAAAAUGUGCAGCCCCUUGUGGCAGUGUUGGGAGGGUGCUUGAGGCUUUGUGCAUGUGCCGCAGUCACUGGCAUUAGUUUGUUUCAAGAGCUAUUGCAGCUUCCACUCAACAACUUGUGAAGAACAGGACGGUGCUGGUGAUUGCAGCACCUCCAUAAGACGUGCCCAUUCUGGGUCUGGUUGCACGGGGCUGCUGCUUUUUUGAAACAGUUGGUAUGCGUGUAUGUUGUGUAGGCCGGGGACGGAAGCUUAUGGACAAUGAGUGCUGGAAAAAAAGAAAAGAAAAAAAAAUAAUGUGUCCUGGCAAAGGCAUACGGCCGCAUUCCUCCGGGUGAGCUAACGCUCGGAGUGGGGCCGCCGUACUGCAUCAGUUUGGACACUACAUUCGUUACUUGCUGUGGAAGAAUUGGGGUCUUUGUGCGACUCGUAGCUGCUAUCUUCACCAAAGCAUGUGUGCCCACACCACUGCUCCCACCUGGACUUGAGGAUUCAGAGCUUCAACGCUGUUACUCCAUUUUGAUCCCGCAUACGACAUGUGGCAAACUGACAUAAUUGUUUUAGAAUUUACAUGUUGGCCGCCUAGGCAAGAAAGAUUAGCAUCUUCUCUACCGCACCUAUUGUUCAUAAAAGUAUCGUCCCCGGUUUUCGCACAUACUCAUGUGUUUUGAUGAGCACGCUAUGUCAUGUCUUUGUCGCUUCGGUCUAAGCGAAUUGUUCUCUGUCCGUGUGUGGAUCAUGUCGUUGUGGUGGCAGCGGCGAUGCGGGAAAAGUGUAGCUCCGUGUCGGUUCGGCCUCCAUGUACGCGGAUGUUUGCAUCCUCGCGUGUAGACUGCUAUCUCGUGCUGCCGCGCUUUUCUCUGCCGCCUGCCUGUUUUUCAUGCGGCUUGUCUUUUUUUUUUUUUCCCUUACCUACCUUUUGACGCACGCCGCAAAUCCGUGGCUGCUGCACUUUCCUCAUGGAACGGCUAUAGGAGCGAGAUUUGCAAUUACAAACUAUGCAUAUCUUUGCGUCUGGAUAACGACGCAGUGCUAGCCUCUUCUGUGUUUUUCUCGGCGCACCCCCGAUCAGCCGCCUUUCAAGGCGUGUUUGGUUUCGUAUUCUUUGACCUGUUGUUUCGGGGAAACAGAAGGUCGAUUUUCGUUUUCCCGAACUGUUCGCCGUUUUCGUUUCGUGGUAGCACUGUCGCGUGCCCCUGUACACGGCCCCAAAAGCUUACGCCACGCGGGUUCCACGCGCCGGCUACUACUGAUAGAAACUUGAGAUUCGAGGCAAUGUGCCUAGACUUGGCCAGUUCUUUCGGAAACCUGUGUCUAGUAAACUUUUGUGGCCGACUGUACAUGCGUUUUUCUUGCAUUUUCCAUUGUGUCGCGCUUUCUUCUUUGUCUUUUUUUUUUCUUUUGUAACAUGGUCACGAGUGUGUGUGCGAGAAGUUGCAGUUUGCCUUUUUAGCUACUCAAUAAAAGUUUACAGUAUGCGUG